GGGGGCCAUGCAGGCGCGCUACUCCGUGUCCAGCCCCAACUCCCUGGGAGUGGUGCCCUACCUCGGCGGCGAGCAGAGCUACUACCGCGCGGCGGCGGCGGCGGCCGGGGGCGGCUACACCGCCAUGCCGGCCCCCAUGAGCGUGUACUCGCACCCCGCGCAUGCCGAGCAGUAUCCGGGCGGCAUGGCCCGCGCUUACGGGCCCUACACACCCCAGCCGCAGCCCAAGGACAUGGUGAAGCCGCCCUAUAGCUACAUCGCGCUCAUUACCAUGGCCAUCCAAAACGCCCCGGACAAGAAGAUCACCCUCAAUGGCAUCUACCAGUUCAUCAUGGACCGCUUCCCCUUCUACCGGGACAAUAAGCAGGGCUGGCAGAACAGCAUCCGCCACAACCUCUCGCUCAACGAGUGCUUCGUCAAGGUGCCCCGCGACGACAAGAAACCGGGCAAGGGCAGCUACUGGACGCUGGACCCGGACUCGUACAACAUGUUCGAGAACGGCAGCUUCCUGCGGCGGCGGCGGCGCUUCAAGAAGAAGGACGCGGUGAAGGACAAGGAGGAGAAGGACCGGCUGCACCUCAAGGAACCACCGCCGCCGCCGCCGCCCGGCCGCCAGCCCCCGUCCGCGCCGCCGGAGCAGACCGACGGCGCCGCGUCCGGACCGCAGCCGCCGCCUGUGCGUAUCCAGGACAUCAAAACCGAGAACGGUACGUGCCCCUCGCCGCCCCAACCCCUGUCCCCGGCCGCCGCCCUGGGCAGCGGCAGCGCCGCUGCGGUGCCCAAAAUCGAAAGCCCCGACAGCAGCAGCAGCAGCCUGUCGAGCGGGAGCAGUCCCCCGGGCAGCCUGCCGUCCGCGCGGCCGCUGAGCCUGGACGGCGCGGAGUCCGCGCCGCCGCCACCGCCCGCGCAGCCCGCGCCGCAGCCGCACCACAGCCAGGGGUUCAGCGUGGACAACAUCAUGACUUCUCUGCGAGGGUCGCCUCAGGGCGCGGCCGCGGAGCUCGGCUCUGGACUCCUGGCCUCGGCGGCCGGGUCCUCGCGCGCGGGCAUCGCACCCCCGUUGGCGCUCGGCGCCUACUCGCCUGGCCAGAGCUCCCUCUACAGCUCCCCCUGCAGCCAGAGCUCCAGCGCUGGCAGCUCCGGCGGGGGCGGUGGCGGCGGGGGCGGCAGCGCGGGGAGCGCCGGGACCUACCACUGCAACCUGCAGGCCAUGAGCUUAUACGCUGCCGGGGAGCGCGGCGGCCACUUGCAGGGCGCGCCCGGGGGUGCCGGCGGCUCAGCCGUGGACGACCCCCUACCCGACUACUCUCUGCCCCCGGUCACCAGCAGCAGCUCCUCUUCCCUGAGUCACGGCAGCGGCCAGGAGGCCGGCCACCACCCUGCAGCCCACCAAGGCCGCCUCACCUCGUGGUACCUGAACCAGGCGAGCGGAGACCUGGGCCAUCUGGCCAGCGCGGCGGCGGCAGCGGCGGCGGCGGGCUACCCCAGCCAACAGCAGAACUUCCACUCGGUGCGGGAGAUGUUCGAGUCACAGAGGAUCGGCUUGAACAACUCUCCGGUGAACGGGAAUAGUAGCUGUCAGAUGGCCUUCCCUUCCAGCCAGUCUCUGUACCGCACGUCCGGGGCUUUCGUCUAUGACUGUAGCAAAUUUUGACACCCCAGCCACCUCAAAACCGAACUGAAUCGAACCCUAGAGCAGGAACAACCAAAAGAACCAUCAAUGCAAAAUCGAAACCAAAAAAUAAUCCAGUUUCUUUAAAUCUUGAAAAACAUUCUCCCAACCAGCGAACAGAAUCCUUACAAAAGUUCAACUCACCAGCACAAACAAAAACAAAACACUAUUUUUUUUAAAAAAAAGAUUAAUUCAGAGCCACCUCCACUUUGCCUUAUCUAAAUAAACAAAACCGUAAACCAUUUUACAGAGACAGCAAAAUCAUGGUUUAUUAAAGGACAGUGUUACCGCAGAUAACACGUAAGUUUCUUCUUGCUUUUCAGAGAGCACGCUUUCGUUUUCCUUCUCUUCCAUCCCCUUACCGUUCUCCUUCCUUCACCUCUCACCUGUAAGAUAUUAUUUUAUCCUAUGCUGAAAGGCGGGGGAAGUCCCCGUGUGUGGAAAUCGCUUUCUUUUUAUUCAUGGACUUGUUUUAAAGUGUAAAUUUCAACAUAGUAAUUUAUUUUUAAUUUGUAGUUGGAUGUCGUGGACCAAACGCCAGAAAGUGUUUCCAAAAUCUGACGUUAAAUUGCCUGAAACUUACAUUGUGCCUUUUUUCAUUAUAAAAAGGGAAACUGUAUUAAUCUUAUUCUAUCAUCUUUUCUUUGUUGAACAUAUUCCUUGUUUGUUUAUUAAUAAAUUACCAUUCAGUUUGAAUGAUGCCUAUAUGUCUGGAUACUUUAAUACAGCCUUAAUUAUUAUAAGAAAAAGAUUUCAGAGAUUAAAACACUACAAAUUACCUAUUCUGAAUCUCUGAAAAAUGGAGAAACCCUCCAUUUCCUGUCAAAUUUAACAUGAAAGUCUCUUUUCGUUUAGUUGUUUCCUUGCAGCAUCUCCCGCAAAAUGUACUAUAUAGUCAGCUUGCUUUGUGGCUAGUAAAAACAUACUUUCCUAAACAGAUUUGCGUUGGCAUAUACAUAAAUACAUUUUCUCGGUAAUGACAGAACAUGAUUUGGAAAUUGUUAGCCCGUGAAUCAGCACCCGUCUUUACCACAGUGAUACCUGUGUAUGGAGAGAGGUGUAUGUGCCUCCAGAUAUACACAGAGAAAUACUUGGCUUGUGUAGCACACAAAAAAAUUGGGAUGAGUAUUAUACAUCCUUGUGAACCAAAUUGUUUUCCUAUUUUUUCACUCCUUUAUAAAAAAGGAAAUAUAAACCAUUUAAAUGUAUAUAAUUCAUCCACAUUUACAAUCCAUCAUGUGUUAUUUAGAAGGAUUGAUUUUUAUAAAAAAUGUACUGUGGGUUGGAAAGGGAAAUUUAAUCUUCGGUAAACUAUUUUAGAAGAUAUGUUUGUAGAACAAUUAUUUCUGAAAAAGAUUUAAAGCAAUAAGAAGGAAGGAGAGAAGAACAACAUUUUAGUCUAGGGUGGUUUCUUUUCAAUCCAAUUUUUCUUGCUAAUUUACAGUUAAACCUAGGGGGCAAUCGAAUUGGCCCUCCCCCUUUGUAAAUAACCCAGGAAAUGUAAUAAAUUCAUUAUCUUAGAGUGAUCAGCCCUGUCAAUCAGACUUUGGGGAGAUGGCAAUUUGAUUACAGACAUUCAGGGCCUUUUAGUUUGUUUUCAAGAUAAUACAGUUUCCUGCUAUCUGCCGCUCCUAUCUAGAGGCAACACUUAGCAGUAAUUGCUGUUGCUUGUUGUCAAAAUUUGAUCAUUGUUAAAGGA